AUGAGCAAGGCUGAGAGUUUGAACGUCGAAGCACUAGAGGGAUAUGAUGCAUCCAUGUUCGAUGAUGAUGGCCGUCCAAAAAGAACUGGGACAGUAUGGUCAACAGGGGCCCACAUAAUAACAGCAGUUAUUGGGUCGGGCGUAUUAACACUAGCAUGGGCCAUCGCUCAAAUGGGCUGGAUUGCUGGGCCUAUCGCACUCAUCGUUUUCUCACUCGUCACUCUAUUCACCUCAUACUUGCUCGCUGAUUGUUACCGCGCCGCCGACGGCACCCGAAAUUACAUCUACAAAGAUGCCGUAAAAAACUAUCUAGGAGGAAUCAAAUAUAAGUUUUGCGCAAUAGUCCAAUAUAGCUAUCUUUUCGGUGUGACAAUUGGAUAUUCGAUCACAACCGCUAUCAGCUUGGUGGCGAUGAAGAAAGCAAUAUGCUUCCACAAACACGGACACAACCACGACUGCACGUUGUCAAACAAUCCUUUCAUCAUACUGUUCGGAUUGAUAGAAAUAGUUCUCAGCCAAGUCCCCAACUUCCACGAGCUAGCGUUUCUCUCAUACAUCGCGGCCAUCAUGUCGUUUGGCUAUGCCACCAUCGGUCUAGGCCUCUCCAUUGCCAAGGUUGCGGAAGGGAGGCACGUCACCACCAGCAUCACAGGCAAACCCAUUGGCAAAGACUACUCCGCCGAGGAGAAGAUGUGGAGCUGCUUCGCUGCUAUCGGGAACAUCGCAUUCGCCUAUGCCUUUGCCGUCGUCCUAAUCGAGAUCCAAGACACAAUCCGGUCGGGCAGCUUGACGGAGAGCAAGGUGAUGAAGCGUGCCUCCACUGCAGGGAUCAUGAUCUCAACGAUUUUCUACUUGUCGUGCGGCUUGCUAGGGUACGCCGCAUUCGGCAACGACGCGCCAGGGAACUUCUUGACCGGUUACGGCUUCUACGAACCGUACUGGCUGGUCUUCACGGCGAACUUAUUCAUCGCCAUCCAUCUCUUCGGGGCGUACCAAGUGUUUUGCCAGCCCAUCUUCGCGGCGGUGGAGGCGUGGUGCGGGCGGGUAUGGCCGGGGAACAAGUUACUUAGCAAAAAGUACAAGUGGUGGAAGCUAAGGCUGAGCCCAUUCCGGGUGGUGUGGCGGAGCUUGUACGUUGUGUUCACGACGUUCGUGGCGAUGAUGUUGCCGUUUUUCAAUGAUUUUGUGGGGCUCCUCGGCGCGAUAUCGUUCUGGCCGCUCGCGGUGUUCUUCCCUAUCGAGAUGUACAUGGUUAGAACCGGGGUCUCUCGGUCGUCAUGUCGGGGGCUUUUCUUGCAGGUCCUCAGCGGCUUCUGCCUCGUCGCGUCACUGCUCGCCGCGGCAGGAUCUGUAAGAGGGCUCAUUCAGUCCCUAGGAACGUUCGAGCCACUGCAGUCGCGAUCUUGAUUGUUAGUUUGGUCAACGUUAAUAAAUUAAUUUAGUUAUAGUUGUUUCUAUAUACAUGUAGAGAGCUUAAGUUGUG